ACACUAACACACACAUACACUAACACACACACUUGAACAGCAGGCUCUCGUCACUUGUUUUUGUUUCCUGGCUCCCCAGCUGCUCUGACCCUUCCCUCCCCUCUUUCUCUUUUUAUCCGCUCUCCCUCUUGGUCCAUUCCAGUUCUCUUCUCUCCUCCCUGCGGUUGUGAGUGUGUUUUUGGGUGAGCGAUGUGUUGUUCGGUGGGUUUUGCCAGGUCUCUGGGCCUGGCCCUGCUGCCUCUGGCCCUCUGCUGUAUCGUGGCCAACCUACUACUGCUGUUUCCUAUGGGAGAAAUCGAUUACGUCCAGCAGGAUCGUCUUGCCAGCUACAUCUGGUACUUUGGUGGACUAGGAGGAGGGGGACUGCUGAUGCUGAUUCCAAGUGUGGUCUUCAUCACUUUGGGAAAAUGUGACUGCUGCUGGAAUGAGAGCUUGAUGAUGUGCGGGUCAGUGUUGGCAGCUGUCGUCGGCCUGCUGGGGUCUGCCUACUGCUUCGUCAUAUCAGGGUUUAUCUUGGUGCAGGGUCCCCAGUGCUUCACCUCUAAGGGAUGGUCGUAUCCCUUUGCAAACCAGGGGGGCAGGUAUCUCUUACAGCCAGAUACUUGGUCAGGCUGUCUUCAGCCAGUUCAUAUUGUGGAGUGGAACGUGACUCUGCUGUGUCUGUUACUGGGCUUGGCUGUGCUGGAGUUCAUCAUCUGUCUCUUGCAGCUGGGAAACGGUUUAGUCAAUGCUGUCUGUCGGCCCUGUUGCUAUAAGCAGGAGUAUAGUCUUAAUGCUUAGAUAAACACAGAUGUAUGUAGACUCACCUGCAGAGACACAAGAGCAUGAGCAAAGUCACACAUUCAACACAGGACAUUAACUGCCACAUACAUAUGGGGAAGUUUGCACACACCAUUGUUUGUGUGUGUGUGCAUGAAUACAAUGCAACCUUUCUACUUAACACAUGCAGCCUCAUGGACAGCCACGUCAAUGUAACCAAUAUAUUCUAAAGCUUUUAGUUUUCCCUGUUAAAGUGGCAAAACUUACGACUCAGUCAUCGAUGAUGAUUAGUUUUUCUGGUGCAGCAAGUCUCAACAUUUCACAGCCAACAGAUUCGAUUAGUCCAUAAUACUGUGGGUGGUGUGUGUGUGUGUGUGUGUGUGUGUGUGUGUGUGUGUGUGUUCUAAAUACUUUCUACCUGGUGAAAGGAGGCUAAGUGAACCAACUUGUACACAUGAUAAAGACAAAGUAGAGCAAUAAUAAUAAUACAAUAAUAAUAAUGAUGAUGAUGUAUAUGGGAUAGUAGAUUUCACUGAAGUAAUUGCACAGCUGUCACACAACAUUGUGAACGAAAUGAAGUGUUCAUGUGCCUGUUUGCUUUUUUUAAGAGGAUAAAGACACGUGUUUUUAUACUUGAGAGACAACUGUUCACUUACUUUAUGAAAUCUGCAUUCUUAAUAUCAAGGUGGCUCAUUUUCUAUUCAACAUUAUUACCUUAUAUACCUUCAUAAAGCCAACAACUACACUGCAUUUGCAUUGCAUAAACAGAGGAUAUUUACAGAAAUUAAAUCAAUGUAUACUUACUGUAAGAUGAUAGCCAUGUAUUGUUUGAUAAUGUUGGAAAUUGCAUAAGCUCACUGUUGAUGGUGUCCUUGCAAGAAGUGAUUACUUUAUGUUAGUUGUUCGUCAGCAUCUUGGCUGACGGGAUUCUCUUGAUACAGCAGGAAGUGUCUAUUCUGUCCUUUUCUUGUGGUUCCAACAUUUAUACACUGUGUUGUAUCACAUAACGGUUACAAACAGAUUUGUGUGUGUUUGUACAUUUGUUUUUUCAUUUUCAGCGCAUUCUGUUGUAAAUUGUUUUCUUUGCGUCUAUCAGAUGCCAGAUCAGUGUUAACAGACAUUUUAUAUAUAUUUUAGUGACAUAUUUUUAUAAUGUAUGUUUGUUUGUGCUGCCUUGAAUAAAAGAAAUGUUUCCACAAAGAA